AUGAAAGGACCAGUUACCCCAACAAAGCCCUGCAAAAGCUACCCGCUACGAAAUCCACUUACCUCAAAAGUCACUCAUCGUGAAGCUACUAAUGACUUACACCGUGUGACAUCUCCAGGGUAUUUACCCACAUUGCAAGAUAUACUGUAUAUAAGAACACCAACAAUGGGUGUGGUGGAAAGUCACUUUCAAAUAGAUGAUGUCACUUACAGGGUUAUAGACGUAGCUGGUCAAAAAAGCCACCGCAAGAAAUGGAUUCAUUUUUUUGAUCGUGUUACUGCUAUCAUAUUCUUUACAUCUCUAAGUGGAUUUAAUGAGCUGGUUGACGAUAUUGAAGAUAAUUCAACGAAUUGUUUGCAAGAUAGUCUUAAUCUUUUCAAGGAUAUAACGAGAAAUGAAUUCCUGAAAGAUACAGAUUUUAUACUAUUCCUCAACAAACAUGAUCUGUUUAUUGAAAAACUGAAACAUACCAAGAUGAAAGACUUCCUCUGUGACUAUGAUGGUGACAAUGAUGCAGAGUCUGCAACCGAUUUUCUGCAAGAGGAAUUUAUGAGCUGCAAACCUGAUGACAAAACGGUCUACCCACAUGUUACUUGUGCUACAGAUACCAUUAUGAUGAAAACGGUGAUUAUUGAUGUCAUGGAUAUUAUUAUACUUAUAAACAUGAGAAAAAUCCGAACAUUGUGA